UAUGAAAAGCUUAUUUGAACCUCAAACGAUUUUUUUUUUCAAAUGGAAACAUAAACACGAAGGAAAUUUACUAGAUGAAAAUUGCACAGUAAUUACACAAUCGGUUGCUGCGCGCAACCAAACAAGAGAAGAAAAAGAAAAUCCGAAAGCAUGACAGAAGGAAAAUUCGUUUGUGUAAGCUUGGUAUGACGAAAAUGUAUGUCGACGCUCAACGACGAAAGUGAAUAUAAACCAAAAACGUGUUAAAGAGUUGGUCCUGACGAAACGUUUGCUUUAAAAAUGAGUACAAAAUGUGAUAUUUUAUUUGAAAAUAAUUUCGAAAAAGUGUAUUACGGUGGUCAAUUAUUAAGCGGACAAGCAAUCGUCACAUUAACCAAGGAAAAAAGUGUACGAGGCAUUUAUGUUAACAUCUAUGGCGCAGCCGAAAGUCGUUGGUGUGAGCACGCCCGGGAUAAUCGAAUGACAUAUCGUGGACAUGAAGUGUAUUUAUCCAGUAAAACGUAUUUAAUUGGGAAAGAAGAAGGUGAUCCAAUUGAAAUUCCGCAAGGAAUUCACACAUAUGGUUUUUCGUGUGAUAUACCUGUUAAUUUACCAUCUUCAAUGGAAGGAACGUACGGUAGCAUUAGAUAUAAAGUGAUUAUCACAUUUGAUAUUUCAAAUUGGUCAGAAAAAGUGUUUGAGGCUGGCUUUACUGUAUUAAAGACGUGCAAUCUGAACGAUUUUCCCGAACUCAAGUCACCUCUUGACCUGGAACGUUCACAUGGAUUCAAUUACAUGGGUUGCAUAUGGUGUAUUCAAUCAAAGCCAUUAAUGGUGACUGUUCAUAUGCAAGCGAGAGGUUUUACGCCCGGUGAAAAGAUUGAAGUUAUUUUAGAUGUGAAUAACCAGAGCAGUCAAGAUGUUGCCUAUUUCAGCAUUGGAUUAUUUAAAAUCAUCACCUACGCUUCCAAUCAAAAUGUCAUAAAAAACAAAAGCGAAAUCAUUUGCCUGACAUCAUUUCAAACGAAUGGCAUUAAAAAAAACCAAGCUGAACAACUCACCGUAAUGUUGCUGGUUCCGCCCGGUCCGCCUACCGAUUUGAGCAGUAGUACGAUCUGCAAGGUUCGAUACGAUAUUGAGGUAAAGACAUACAUCAGCUACUUUCGCAAUUAUCCGAAAAUCAGGAUUCCAAUCACGGUCGGCACAUAUCCAUUGAUAGAGAAUCCACCGCCGAAGAAUCAAUUUUCGAUAGCGAAUCAGUCAUAUUUUACACCAUCUGCACCACUUAGUGGACUUGGCUCGGACAUUGAUCCACCUACAUACGAGCAAGUGACCGUCCAGGGUCAUGAAAAUAACGAAAUCAAAUUAUCACAUUUGCCAUUGUAUCCGGUUUAUGGUCAAAGGGUGUAAGAGAUAUUGGUAUGGGGAAAAUGGAUAUGAGAAAUUAUUCAAUUUACUAAAAAACUACAUUAAAGAAAAAUGAACGAAUUUUCUCUGUACAAAUUUGAAAGGAAUAUUUAAUUUAUAUUCUUCUAUAGGAUCAAGCCAACAAAAACGAAUAUUUAAAUGAUUGUAAUUUCUAAAUGGAUUUGUUUUGCUAAAAUAUUUUAUUGAAAAACUUUUAAGAAUUUAUCUUCAACUACAAAAAAAGAGGAGAGAAUUGU